CCGGGCGCUGUUUGCUCCCAGUUCCCUCCCAGUGCUCCCAGUAAGAGCGAUACUGAGAGGGAAAGUGCUCCCAGUUCCCUCCCGGUGCUCUCAGAAUCACUCGCGGUGCUCCCAGCAUCGGUCCCGGUGCUCCCAGGUUUGCUCCCAGUGCCGCGCGGAGCGGGGCCGCUUUGGAACCCCACCGGGGCAAAGCGCGGCUGCUGUUGGGUGUCGGCACCGCCCGGGGCUGGCCAGAAGCCGAGGAGGAGCGGGAGGAAGAGGAGGGAGAGAGGACGAAGAAGAGAAGGUGCGGAACGAAGUUCUCCGCCCUGGGAUCCGCAGACAAGGAGCUGAGGAUGGAGACCAUGGAGGAGAAAUCCCCACUGCAGAAUUUUGUGGAAGAGGCCGUUUUGAGCAGCUCUACAGUGCAGGAAUCCAACGAGGCAGAAAACCCUUGGAGAUCCCACAUGAGGAGGGGCUGCAAACGCAGAUCACGGGGAUCUGAGGAGGAAAGAUCCACCCUGGGCAGGGGAGGCGGCCAGAGCUUAGAGCUGAGGGUCCCUGAGCAGCUUCACAAUGCUGAGAAGCCCCACAAGUGCUUGAAAUGUGGGAAGAGCUUCAGGUCGAGCUCCGAUCUGAUCCACCACCAGAGGAGCCACGCAGGGGAACAGCCCUACGAGUGUGACCAAUGCAGGAAGAGGUUUCAGUCCAGCUCCCAUCUCCUCCUACACCAGCAGAUUCACAUUGAUGAGAGGCCCUUCUGCUGCCCCUACUGUGGGAAGAGGUUCAAGCACAACUCCAGUCUCAUCACCCACCAGUAUGUCCACACUGGGGAGAGGCCCUAUGAGUGUCUGAAGUGUGGGAUGAGCUUCUCAAAGAGCUCCAUCCUGAUUGUCCACCAGAGGAGGCACACAGGGGAACGGCCCUACGAGUGUGGGGAGUGUGGGAAGAGCUUCAGCCAGAGCUCCACCCUGACUGCCCACCAGAGGAACCACACUGGUGAGGGGCUCUACGAAUGUGGGGUGUGUGGGAAGAUUUUCAACCGGAGAUCCAACCUGACUGCCCACCAGAUGAUCCACACUGGGGAGAGGCCCUACGAGUGUGAUAAAUGCAGGAAGAGAUUUCGUACCAGCUCCCAUCUCCUCAGGCACCAGCGGAUUUACACAGAUGAGAGGCCCUUCCGCUGCCCCGACUGCAUGAUGGGCUUCAGGCACAACUCCCACCUUGUCAGCCACCAGCGCAUCCACACCGGGGAGAGACCCUACAAGUGUCCCAAGUGUGGAAAGAGCUUCUCACAGAGCUCUACCUUGACCCGACACCUGAUCUGCCACUGGAGAAUCCACAUGGGGGAACGGCCCUAUGAGUGUGGGGAGUGUGGGAAGAGCUUCAGCCGGAGCUGCCAGCUGCUUGAACACCAGAGGAGCCACACCGGGGAGAGGCCCUACCAGUGUGCAGAGUGUGGGAAGAGCUUCAGGUCGAGCUCCCAUCUUACUGUCCACCACAUGAUCCACACUGGAGAGAGGCCCUAUGAGUGUGACCAAUGCAGGAAGAGGUUUCAGACGAGUUCCAAUCUUCUCAGCCAUCAGCGGAUUCACACAGAUGAGACACCCUUCCACUGCCCUGACUGCGGGAUGAGCUUCAAGCACAAUUCCAACCUUGUCACCCACCGGCGCAUCCACACUGGGGAGAGGCCCUACGAGUGUCCCGAGUGUGGGAAGAGCUUCAGCCAGAGCUCUGCCCUGACCAUCCAUCAGAGGAGCCACACAGGGGAACGGCCCUACAAAUGUGGGGAGUGUGGGAAGAGCUUUAGGACCAGCUCCCAUGUGAUCAAACACCAGAUGAUCCACACCGGGGAGAGACCCUACCAGUGUGACCAAUGCAGGAAGAGGUUUCAGACCAGCUCCGAUCUCCUCAAGCACCAGCAGAUUCACACGGAUCAGAGGCCCUUCCGCUGCUCCAACUGCGGGAUGGGUUUCAAGCAAAACUCUCACCUUAUCAGGCACGUGCGCAUCCACACUGGGGAGAGGCCCUACGAGUGUCCCGAGUGUGGGAAGAGUUUCUCCAGAAGCUCUCACUUGACCCAACACCAAGGGAGCCACCACUAAGGGAAGCCCUGUGAGUGCCCUGACUCUUGGAAGAGCUUUGUGUGCUGCUCCAGCUCCAUCCCCCAUGUGAGGAUCUGAGCUGGAUGAUCCCCAGUGACCCCCAGUGGGCAGAGCCCCAGUGAUCCAUGUAGGGAAGACACCUGGCUGGGGGCUCCACAUUCUCCUGGCUACCCAUGGCCUGGAUUUUCUCUUUGUCCUUUCAAAACACCCAAAACCAGUGUAAAAAUAAAGAUGUUGAACAAAG